CGAAGGUGCAAACUGAAUGCUAAGCUGAAUGGACGGUGGAGAGGCAAUCAAUCAGUAAAUCAGAGCAGAUCCGUCCCCACUUGUUUCUCUCUCUCUGACUUUGAUAAUUCAUUCAAAGCACCUCCAUAUUUCUCUCUUGCUAUUUAAUUCCCUCCCAAACAAACAGAGCGGAGAGGAGAAAACCAGAACAAAGAGGAAGAGCGAGAAAGAGAGACACUCACAAGCGAAGCUAGAGAGAGAAGAGAGAGAAAAUGUCGUGGCAAUCAUAUGUCGAUGACCAUUUGAUGUGCGACGUUGGCGAUGGCCAGACGCUCCCCGCCGCCGCCAUCAUCGGCGUCGACGGCAGCGUCUGGGCUCAGAGUGCUUCCUUCCCUCAGCUUAAGCCUCAGGAGGUCGAUGGUAUCGAAAAGGAUUUUAAGGAACCUGGCCAUCUUGCACCUACAGGUUUAUACCUUGGGGGCACAAAGUACAUGGUAAUUCAGGGAGAGUCUGGAGCUGUCAUUCGUGGAAAGAAGGGGUCUGGUGGGGUCACCAUAAAGAAAACUGGUCAAGCUCUAGUAUUUGGCAUAUAUGAAGAACCUGUCACUCCGGGACAGUGUAACAUAGUUGUUGAAAGGUUGGGUGAUUACCUUAUUGAGCAGGGCCUGUAGGCUUAUAUCCGUCAAGCAUCAAGUCAUGUCUUUUGGCGAUAAAAUUCUUGGAUUUUUUUUUUUUUUUGGGGGGGGGGGGGGGGG